AUGAAGAUCACUCUAUCAGACUGUUUCCAAUUGCGUGCAAAAGAGGAGAACAAAGCUGAAUGCAGCGGCCAAGCGUUGAAUUUGCCAUUGCAGAUCCAAAUUGAGGGUGUGGCUUAUCUUUCCGUUUCUGAUCAGAACAAGACAAUGGCUUCUUCUUCCAGGCAUUGUGUGGGUGCUUUGCAUAAAGAAUUAUCCAAUAGCACUGCAGGUUUUUCUGGGAUUCCUAUUGGUUUCAGAUUUCUGCCUUCUGACCGUGAUCUUGUCAUCCAUUAUCUAUACAAGAAGAUCAAAGGCAUUCCUCUCCCUUCUGAUUGCACUGUCACUUUUUGUGAUCUUUAUGGCCACCAAGAACCGUGGGAGAUUUGGGAUACCUUUGGAGGGAGUGACAACGAGGACUUGCUCUUCUUUACCAAUCUCAAGAAGAUUAGCCCAAUUCCAUCUCGGAAUCUCAAGAAGAUGAAGCAAAGUGCACCUAGGACUCAUCGUCAAGUUGGAUCAUCCGCUGGUACAUGGCAUGAUGAAGGACGAAACAAGCGGUGCGAGUGGCUCGGAAUUCAGUGGCUUGUCAAGAUAUUCACCUACGAGAAUCCCAAAUCCACUACUCAGAAUGGGGCUUGGAUGAUGCACGAAUAUAGCCUUCUUCCUAAUGAUAUUGUCGGCACUCCUACUGCCACUGUUGUUUGCCGUUUGAGGAAGAAAAAACCCAAGAGGAAGAGGGGGUUGGAUAAUGAAGAAGAAGGUGAUGAUGAUAUGGCUAAGAAUCGCAAGCGCUCCAAGGCUGAUCAGCUAGCAAUUUCAACCACAGCUGUUUCUGUGAGUGUGAACCCACCACACAGCCUCCUCCCUUAUCAUGGCAAUGAUGCAUUUAAUCCAUUGGAACUCGAGCAAGUGGCAGCCCCAAACGACAACAAUGAUGAGCAUCUGUUGUUGGACAGGGCAGAUGACCCGCUGUGUGAACCUGAAGAUCAGCUACAAUGUUACAACAUGUUGCUUAAUGAUUACGCUUAUUCCAUCAAUGUUGAUGGCAUGCUAUCAACUAAGCCUUCUAAUUCUGAUGGUGAAUCAAUUAAUAAUGCUCUUCGACAACAUCAGACUGUUGGUAUUGGAGAAGAAAUGGGUCUCGAUGAGGAUGAUAUCCAGUCUGUUAUUCAGGAGUUUUUAUGCGAAGAAGCACCAAGUCUCUUGCAACAGAAUUCAAUUCAUUCUUUCAACAAUCAAUUUGAAGAUUUUUAG